AUGGCUAAGGAUAUCGAGGUUGGAGGCACCAGGGACUACCAGGACCCUCCCCCGGCACCACUAAUCGACCCAGAAGAGCUCGGCAAAUGGUCAUUGUACCGGGCUGUGAUUGCCGAGUUCAUUGCUACCCUUUUGUUCUUAUAUGUUACGGUUUUGACAGUGAUCGGUUACAGUAGCCAGAGUGCAGCCGAUGAGUGCGGUGGAGUCGGCAUUCUUGGCAUUGCCUGGGCCUUUGGCGGCAUGAUCUUCGUACUCGUUUACUGCACAGCUGGCAUUUCCGGGGGGCACAUUAACCCGGCCGUGACAUUCGGGCUGUUCCUGGCCCGAAAGGUAUCUCUCAUUCGGGCCGUGCUGUACAUAGUGGCACAGUGCCUGGGGGCCAUUUGCGGAUGUGGGCUCGUGAAAGCUUUCCAGGAAUCUUACUACACGAGAUACGGUGGAGGAGCCAACUCGCUGUCGGCCGGCUACAGCACCGGCACCGGCCUGGCGGCAGAGAUUAUCGGCACUUUCGUUCUUGUCUACACUGUCUUCUCAGCCACCGACCCCAAAAGGAACGCUCGGGACUCUCAUGUUCCGGUCCUAGCGCCGCUCCCCAUUGGUUUUGCCGUGUUCAUGGUCCACCUGGCCACGAUUCCGAUCACCGGAACUGGCAUAAACCCGGCAAGGAGUUUCGGGGCCGCCGUGAUUUACGGGAAGGGCAAGGCAUGGGACGAUCAGUACAUUCUCCGGGCAGGGGCGGUGAAGGCCCUGGGGUCGUUCAGAAGCUCUUCUUACUGA